GGUUGUCGGUCGGCGUUUUAUCAAGUUUCUGCUUAGACGUGCUUAGCUUAGUGCUUACCGCUUACAACUUUUCUCAAUAAUUUACGUAGUCAAUUUUGAGUGGGAUGUAUGGAUAAUAAGAGUACAAGUUUUGGAAAUUGUAUAAUUAUUGUUUAUUUAAAAUUAAUUCAAUAAUACGAAUUCGCCAUGGUUGAUGUUAAAGGGAAUAACAAGCAGUUUUCAGAUUUUCAUUUGAAAAUCCUUUCAGCUAGUUUAAAAGAACGGAAAAUAUUGUUCAAAAAUGCUUCAAAUUUUGCCAAGUCUAAUUUGACAGAUGACGUGUGGUCAAAUUUUUCUGAAACACUAUUAGUUGCAUUUAGCCGGUAUCAAGAUUUGACAUCGCAGUCGUAUGUCAAAGAAUUUAUGAAAAUAUUAAUGGUUUCAAAACCUAAAUCAUGCAUUAUUCAUUUGACUCCAAUAUUGGUUGAUUAUAUUAAUCAUUUUCCCCGACAAAAUAUAUCAAAUAAUUUAGCAAAAUCAGCCUACUUUAUGCUACUAAUUGUAAGCAUCAUUGUUAAAACUGCAUUUAAAGAAUUCAACAUCCAGCAUAAAACUGAAAUAAAACAACUAAUUGAAUCACAAGCAUUGUUAGUUAAUGCAAUUGCUUUAUCAAAAAACACACUUUUAUGUAGAAAAACAUUUAAUGUUUUAAAUGAGAUAUGGUUAAGUGAAAAAGAUUCACUAGAAUAUUAUGGAGAAGUUUUACAAGAACUAAAUUCAAAACCAUAUGUAUUAGUGAUUGAGUCUUAUUUACUAAAAUCAAUGUCAUCUACUAAUAUAGAACUUGCUAACAAGUUUAAGGACAAUUUUUUGGAUGUUUUCAUCAAAGAAGGAGUAACUUGUAAAACAAGACCUGAACAAGAACUUAUUCGCCAGUGUUCGUUUACUAUAAAAUUAGUUACAAAGGAAACUUUCAAAUCAAAAUUGUUGCCUUCCGUCUUAAAAUCCAUGCUGCGUAAUCCAGAAAUAAUAUUAGAAUGUAUAUCUGCUAUUAUUUCUAAUGUUUCUAUUGAUUUAAGCAUUUAUUCCAAUGAAUUAACAAAAGGAUUUUCUGCCAAUCUUUAUUCACAAAAUGAGCGAGCAAGAUUGGAAUCAUCCGAGUUGUGUAAAGAACUGGCAUUGAAGUGUAGUGAUGCAUCAGCGAUAUCUAGUAUUGUAAAACUUUUAUUUAAUAUUUAUAAUGGUUCUGAAGGCAAGUUAAGUACCUCCGAACAAAAAAUUAAUGUCUUACAAGCAAUUGGUAAUUUUAGUUUUAAUAACGUUGCCAAUGAUGAUAAAUGUCAAGAAAUUGCAGAUUAUGUUGUUGAGCAAUUUAUCAAAGUGUUAGAUUCAGAAAUGCACGAAAAAACGUUGAUACAUGCAAUACAAAUGUUGACUUUAUGGCGGUCUAGUUUCAAGAAAACCAUUACUAAAACAUUGAUAGCCUGGUUUUCAAAAGGAUACAACAAGAAAUCAUCAGUUAUGACAGUAAAAUUGGCCUAUUUGGAAUGUAUGAUGCAUGUAUUUCAAAAGGAUCAUUCUAAAUAUGCCAUUGAAAUCAUUCCUUUAUUAUUAAACUGUGUUGAUAUGUUUUCUCAGUCAUCUCAGAUUCCUGUAGCCACUGAAUCUAUUUAUGUUGCUUGCUUGUUGUUACAUCUAAUAAAAGAAAACUCUAAAUUAAAUCAAGAUAAUGGAUUCACUCAAUUUUGGAAUUUAGUACUUAAUCCGAGUAAACUUCCAUUUUUAUCUGAAAAGCUGUUAUUACAGUUUUCAGAAGAAGUUAUGAACAAAAUUUGCAUGUUCAGUUUACUAGUACUUGAUAUGCAUGUUGAUAAAAUAAAUGGAUCUGUCGAACUAUACUACAAAUCUAUAGUUUUAAGUCUCUUAUCUAUAAAGUCGACUUUGAGAAUUGAAACUAAAAAAAAUGUGGCAAAAGCAGUUUCAUCGCCCGGAGGAUCUAAAUUAGCGGCAUCAUUGUUAGUUGAAACAAUAAACGUUCUGCAAAAUAAUACUCUAGUUAUACUCCCAAAACAUUUGGUGGAAACUAUCACAAUAUUAUGCCAGAAUACGAAUAUUGGAGAAGAGGAACAAAAAAUGUUGGCUUUUGAAUCAUUAAAACCAUCACACCAUCCUUUAAUCGAAACAUACGCUCCUAAUUUGUGGAUUACAAUUUUGAAACGUUAUCAAAUAAAACCAUCUGUUUUUAUCAGAUUAUAUGAAAAGAAACUCAUAAAAUGUUUUGUAGAAGAUUAUGUACCUUUACGAUGUAUGGAAAAUGCUAUAAGCACUAUUUCAAAAAUAAAUGGUGAUGUAAUUAUACCUCCAGUUAUUGAAAAAAUUAGACAAUAUUUAGAAUAUAACAAUGAUUAUCUAAGCGUGACGGAAGAGGAGUAUGCCAUAUUUUUAUUCCCAGAAGGAGAAUUAUACAACAAAUCUGUUUUAGCAGAUAAAGAAAAUGAGGAUCCGUUAAAUAUUAAGAAUAUGAAACGUGAAAGUAAAGCAUAUUCAUUUAAAGAACAACAAGAAGAAAUAAUGCUAAAAAAAGAAAUAGAAGCUAAAAAAAUUAAAGAAGGCAAACUGAAAAAACCAGAACUAUCACCUAAACAAAAAGAAGCUAUGGAUAUUGAAUUAAAAAAGGAAUCAUCUAUUAGAAAUAGAUUGUGUAACAUGAAGAAUGAUAUUUUGAAUGUAGUAUCUAUGUUGAAUGGAAUAGUAGCUGGAAAUACACUCCUAGUUUCUCAAUCGUUGCGGUAUUUACUACCAGGAAUAAUAUCAAAUUUACAGUCUAUUAUUGCAGCACCACUCUUAAAAAAAGUAUUUAUUGAUUUAGCUUUUUGUGCUUUUAAUGCUGAUGAAACAAAAAAAACCAAAGCAGUUAGCAAAACAAAAAAUGGACGUUUAAAGAUAUCAGAUUCUAGUAUACGAGCUAUAGCGUAUUUAACACUUCGCAAACUAAAACCAAAGUGCCAGUUAGAUGAAGCUUGGUUACAAGAAGACAUUGAAAAAGCUUCAAUUAGAUUAGUAAAAUUGUUUUGUGACUUAACACAUAAUGAAGGACAAGAAAUGACUUCACCAGCAUAUUGUUAUGCUUUUACUCUUAUCAGGGCAGUAAUGUUGGAUUUGCCCUUUGAUCAUUCUUUGGUAUAUGAUUGUUUAUUAUUAACACAUAAUCAAGCAGCUAUCCGUCCUAAAGCUGUUUCAAAAGCCAAGAGCAAUUUAGAUUUACAACGGCCUAAAUUUUUGCCUCGUAUUCAAAUGUUUCAAUUGUUAUCUGAAAUUAUUAGCCGUUCAUCAAACAACCUUCAAGAUAAAGCUGUUUUAGCUUACUUAACAGUAGCUGAAAGUUGUUCUACCGAUGAAAAGUGUGAUCCAGCGAAUCGAGAUGAAAUUUUAUGUUUAUUAUCAGCUUUACAAGAUCCAUCUACUAAAGUAAGAAAUACUGCAAUACAAGCAUUGAAAAUGGUUGUAGCUGCUUUUCCAACGUCCAAAAAAGAUACUCAAAUAAUUUUAAAAAUUACCAAAAGAAUUUGGAUCACAAAAUUUGAUAUUUAUGAAGAAAAUAGAAAUUUGGCAGAUGAUCUUUGGGUACUUGCAAAGUUAGAUAUCAAAGUUAAUGGACUGCUAGAAAAUUUGUUAGAAGAUGUUGUACAUCCAGUUACUGAUGUGCAAAAGGCAGUUUCUAUAGCAUUGUUUUCUUUUUUGAAAGAUUCUCCAAUUAACGCUACUAAUAAUGCAUUAAAAAAACUUCUUGUUAUGUACAAUAGUAAAAUUUUGAAACCAGAAGAAAACAUUGAAUUAGAUGAUUGGCAAGGUCGUGUUGGAGUUGCAAUGGCAUUAGAAGAACUAUCAUUACUACUAAGUGAUGAUAUGGUAAUACAACUAGUCAAUUUUUUUGUUUCUACAAGUUUAGAUGAUAGAAAUAAUAUUGUUCGAGAACAUAUGCUUAAAGCAGCUGUAGCAGUUGUAAAUAUACAUGGUAAAAAUAACGUAGACAGACUGAUGAGUAUUUUUGAGAAAUUUUCAAAGAAAGCUACAUCUUCUGAAAGUUUUGAUAAUGUUCGGCUGGGUGUUGUUGUAUGUAUGGGAUGUUUGGCAAGACAUUUGGUUACAAAUGAUCCUAAACUAAAACCUAUAACUAAUAGACUUCUCGAAGCAUUAUCUACACCUUCUCAAGAAGUUCAAGAAGCUGUAGCAAAUUGUUUAUCACCUUUAAUGCCUAUGGUUAAAGAUGAUGCAGCAGCUAUAUUAAAAAAACUUCUUGGUAAACUUUUCAAUUCAGCAUCAUUUGGAGAACGUAAAGGGGCUGCUCAUGGAAUUGCAGGUGUCAUAAAAGGACUUGGUAUCCUUAGCUUAAAACAAUAUGAUAUAAUGAGUACAUUAACUGAAGCAAUACAAGAUAAAAAAAAUUACAAAAAACGUGAAGGGGCACUAUUUGCAUUUGAAAUGUUGUGCUCAACUUUAGGGCGUUUAUUUGAACCUUAUAUUGUUCAUGUUUUGCCUUAUUUAUUAUCAUGUUUUGGAGAUAACAGUGAAUAUGUAAGAACAGCUACUUAUGACUGUUCUAAAGCAAUAAUGAGUAAACUGUCAGCCCACGGCGUCAAACUUAUUUUGCCAUCAUUGUUAAAUGCUUUAGAAGGAGAUUCCUGGAGAACAAAAACUGGAUCAGUAGAAUUAUUAGGGGCUAUGGCAUAUUGUGCCCCUAAGCAGCUUUCAUCGUGUCUCCCUAGUAUUGUUCCAAAGUUAAUUGAGGUUUUGAGUGAUUCACACAUUAGUGUUCAAGAAGCUGGGGCUCAAGCUUUAAAAGUUAUUGGUUCAGUUAUAAGAAAUCCAGAAAUUCAAGCUAUCGUACCAGUACUUCUUGAAGCUUUACAGAAUCCAUCAAAUAAAACAGCUCCUUGUUUACAAAUUUUGUUAAAUACUAAAUUUGUUCACUUUAUUGAUGCUCCAUCUCUUGCUUUAAUAAUGCCUGUUGUAAAACGAGCAUUUAUUGAUCGUUCAACUGAAACAAGAAAGAUGGCUGCUCAAAUUAUUGGAAAUAUGUACUCAUUAACUGACCAAAAAGACUUGACACCUUAUUUACCUAGCAUAAUACCAGGAUUGAAGAAUUCUUUAUUAGAUCCAGUUCCAGAAGUACGAACAGUAUCUGCACGCGCUCUUGGAGCCAUGGUUCGAGGAAUGGGAGAGACAAGCUUCCAAGAUCUAUUACCUUGGUUAAUGCAAACUCUUACAUCAGAAGCUAGUUCAGUUGAUAGGUCUGGUGCUGCUCAAGGUCUAAGUGAAGUAGUUGGUGGACUGGGUGUAAGCAAGUUGCAUAGUUUGAUGCCAGAAAUAAUUGCAACAGCCGAACGUACUGAUAUUGCGCCUCAAGUUAAAGAUGGUUAUAUCAUGAUGUUCAUUUAUAUGCCUGGUGUAUUCAAUGAUGACUUUAUUCCUUAUAUAAAUCAAAUUAUUACCCCUAUUCUCAAAGCAUUAGCGGAUGAAAAUGAAUUUGUUCGUGAAACAGCUCUAAAAGCGGGUCAACGUAUAGUUAACAUGUAUGCUGAAUCUGCUAUUCAGCUAUUAUUACCUGAACUGGAACGAGGUUUAUUUGAUGAUAAUUGGCGUAUUCGAUUCAGUUCAGUCCAAUUACUAGGUGAUUUAUUAUACCGUAUUUCUGGUGUAUCUGGUAAAAUGAGUACAGAAACAGCAAGUGAUGAUGAUAACUUUGGUACAGAACAUUCUCAUAAGGCAAUUAUUGGCACUCUGGGAGCAGAAAGGCGUAACAGAGUAUUAGCCGGUUUGUAUAUGGGUCGUUCCGAUGUUGCUUUAAUGGUACGACAAGCUGCAUUGCACGUUUGGAAAGUGGUUGUAACAAAUACACCACGUACACUAAGAGAAAUAUUGCCAACAUUAUUUACUUUAUUGUUGGGAUGUCUGGCAAGUACAAGUUUUGACAAAAGACAAGUAGCUGCAAGAACAUUAGGAGAUCUAGUGCGAAAACUAGGAGAACGUGUUUUACCUGACAUAAUACCUAUACUAGAAAAAGGUUUGGAAUCGGAACACGCUGAUCAACGACAAGGUGUCUGUAUUGGUUUAUCAGAAAUUAUGGCAUCCACCAGCAGAGAAAUGGUAUUGACUUUUGUCGAUAGUCUUGUACCCACCGUCAGUCGAGCAUUAACUGAUCCUUUACCUUCUGUGAGACAAGCUGCUGCUAAAACAUUUGAUAGCCUUCAUUCAACUGUUGGUCAUCGUGCAUUAGAUGAUAUAUUACCUCCUAUGUUAAAUAAUUUGAAUAACCCUGAUCCAGAAAUUGCUGAAAGAACACUUGAUGGAUUACGCCAAGUAAUGGCAGUCAAAUCGAGAGUUGUUUUGCCUUAUUUAAUCCCUCAGUUAACUCAGCCUCCUGUUAAUACAAAAGCAUUGUCAAUUUUAGCAUCUGUUGCUGGUGAAGCACUUAAUAAAUAUCUACACAAAAUAUUACCUGCUCUAUUAACUGCUUUAUCGAAGACUGAAUCUGCAGCUGAUGAAUUGAUUUACUGUCAAUCUGUGGUAUUAGCAGUUUGUGAUGAUGCUGGAACAAUGGUUGAUUUAUUAUUAGAUGCUACACAAUCAGAUAAUACUUCUCAAAAACAAUCAGCAUUACAAUUAUUAGCAGCAUUUUGUACUCACACAAAAGCAGAUUAUAGUUCUUGUGUACCAAAACUAUUACAUGGUAUUAUUUUUCAGUUCAAAGAUUCCGAUGAGAAAAAUUUACAAUUAGCAUGGGAAGCAUUGAAUGCUGUUUGCAAAUCUGUUGAUACAAAGCAAAGUAACCAUUUAAUAUUUGAAAUACGACAAGCAAUUAAAUUUGUAAUGAGCGACAAUAAAAAUUUAGAACAUUUACCUGGAUUCUGUAUAUCAAAGGGAGCUGAUCCAUUUGUUCCUAUCUUUAGAGAAGCCAUUCUUAGUGGAAGUCCAGAAAUUAAAGAACAAGCUGCACAAGGUUGGGGAGAAGUUGUAAAAGUUACAGCUAAAGAAGGAUUAACAUCACCUGUACUGAACAUGACUGGGCCACUUAUACGUAUUUUAAAUGAACGUUAUACAUGGAGUAUUAAAUCUGCGAUAUUAGAAACGGUUGCUUUGUUAUUAGCGAAGACUGGUAGUAAUUUAAAGCAAUUUUUACCUCAGCUACAAACAACGUUUUUAAAAUCUCUACAAGACCCAAAUAGACAAGUUAGACUUAAAGCAGCCAACGCUUUAAGUCAUCUUAUUGUUGUACAUUCCCGCACGGAAACCAUUUUUGUUGACCUUCAUUCUGGAGUAAAAAAUUCUGAAGAUAUGGCUAUAAAGGAGACAAUGCUUCAAGCCUUGCGUGGUGUCAUUUCUCCAGCUGGAGACAAAAUGUCUGACCAGGUUCGCAGAACUGUAUUUAUGACAUUAAGGGAAGGAUUGGGAAAUCCAGAAGAUAGUAUCAGAAGUGGUACAGCUGGCUGUCUUGGAGCUUUAUGUAAAUGGUUAUCUCCCGAACAGUUAAAUGUUGCUUUAAAUGAUCACAUUUUAGUCGAUGAUAUAUCUUUGGAUCCAGUAUUAAGGCAUGGUAGGAGUUCAGCAUUGUUCGUUGCUCUUAAAGAAUCCGCAGAUUCAGUAUAUAGUGCACAAUACAGUGAUAAAAUUUUAAAAACAAUAUUAAGCCAUUUGCAAUCGGAUAAGGUUUCAAUUAUCAUGAAUGGAGUUAGAAGUUGUGGAUAUCUGUUUUUGCAUUUAAUGAAGAUUGGAGUAAUAAUUCCUUCACAAAUUUUAAGCCCAUUCAUACGAUUGAUGAAUCAAGCUAGCAAUGAAGUCAAACAAUUAGUAGCACACAUAUGCUUAUAUUUAGGAAAGUCUAAUAUUACCUUGUCUUCUGAGUUCUUAAAAUCAGUUAUUCCAAUGCUAGUAAAUGGUUCUAAAGAAAAGAAUUGUUAUGUUAAAUCGAACAGUGAAAUAGCUCUUAUUGCAGUACUUAAGUUGCAACAAGGAGACACGAUUUUACAACCUGGACUUGAAAUGGAGGCUUGCUUGAACCUACUUGAUAUUGGAGCUCGAGAAGCAUUGAACGAUGUUAUAAACAAAGUAUUACGUAAAGUUUCAUUACAAGUUGAUAGUAAAGUCGAAGAGCCGGAUGAUACAUUAAUAACAUAAAACUUGAUUCAAUUGUAUUAAAUAAUUAAUAUAUAUAUAUACUUAUGUAUUAUCAAUUCAAAAUGAAAAUUCAUUUUUAUUAAUAACUAUUAAAUUGUGCCUACAUCUAAAAAAAAAA